AUGGUGGCGAUAUUUUUAUAUGUAAUUGCGCAUCACCAUAAGAAUAGAGUUGUGGGUUUUCAAUUCAAGCGAUCAGGAGAUACGAUUAGUAGACAUGUGAACACGGUGUUGAAAGGAGUUAUUAGGCUUCAAGGAGAGUUGUUAAAAGAACCGGUAGCAGCUACAAGUUCAGUUGACCAAAGAUGGAAUUGCUUUAAGAACUGCCUAGGGGCAUUAGAUGGAACACAUAUUAGUGUCCACGUUGCUACAGCAGACAAGCCUAGGUAUCGUACAAGGAAAAGUGCAAUUGCUACCAAUGUCUUAGGUGUAUGUUCUCAAGAUUUGGAGGUUAUAUAUGUAUAUCCUGGAUGGGAAGGAUCAGCUGCCGAUUCUCGUGUUCUUAGGGAAGCCAUUUACAAAAAAAUGGCUUAA